AUGGACGCCUCAGAGCAGAACAAAUCAAAGGUGGUGGUGAUUGAUUCUUUGCAGUCAUGGGAUUUCCAUGUCACCCAGGCCACUAAUCAGAAUUGUCCUGUUGUUGUUCACUUCACUGCUUCAUGGUGCAUACCGUCGGUGGCUAUGGCUCCUGUUUUUGAUGAACUGGCUUCAAGCUAUCAGGAUCUUCUGUUUCUCACUGUUGAUGUUGAUGAAGUCAAGGAAGUGGCCACCAAAAUGAAUGUAACGGCAAUGCCAACAUUUUUGCUGCUGAAGAAUGGUGCUGCUGUAGAGAAGGUGGUUGGUGCCAAUCCAGAAGAGAUAAAGAAGAGGGUAGAUGGGCUUGCUGAGUCCACUCGUGUUUCACUUGCAUAG